CAUGUGCUCCAUCGGUUAUGCCAACGAAUCGCGAAUAAAAAUUUAUUUUGUAAUCGUCAAACUGUUCGCAUAGUUUGUCGAUCGGAUGCGCACGUCGGUGUAUGAAAUCUCGACGUGAUAUGUAAUUCACUCAAUGUUUCCAACGAUGAAGAUUUGAAAAUAUACAAAAUUUUUUCAUUACAACCAAAAGAGGAUUUUACUAAAUAAAACUAUACAAAUACAUUUCUUAUUUUUUAUUAUUAUUCGAAUGUGAAAUGUAAAAUCAGAAUGAUUCUUUUUAAGUGUUCGUUUAUUAAUGUAUAUGACUACCACAAAUGUCGGAUUUAUUAAGUGAUCAACAGUGAAUUAAAUAAAAUAAUUUUCUACUCAAAAAGUAUCAUUAUGAAGAUACUUCUUAAGUUUGGAAUUCUCCUAAUUUCUGUUGUACCGUGUAUCUUGAUGUUGAUUCAAAACCCAACUAAAAUUCAAGAUCGCGACCAUUGGUACGAAGAGGCACGAUCCGCGUUGAAAAAACGGUUGGCCAGCUUCGAGGGUAAAAUGGGAAGAGCGAAAAACGUGGUUUUUUUGGUCGGCGAUGGAAUGGGCGCGUCCACGUUGACCGCAUCGAGGAUAUUCAAAGGUCAGAGGCGGGGUAACCAAGGCGAAGAGGAGCAAUUGAUUUGGGAUACGUUUCCCGCUGUGGCAAUGGCAAAGACCUACAAUUUAAAUGCUCAAAUCGGUGAAUCGUCAGCAUGUGCUACUGCAUUAUUGUGUGGAGUAAAAGCCAAUUUCGAAACAGUUGGCUUGGACGGAAAUGGAAAAUUUGAAAACUGUUAUUCCAGUUUUGGGUCAAGAGUUGACUCAUUGGCUUACUGGGCUCAACAGCAAGGUAAAUCAACCGGGCUAGUGACCAAUACUCGGAUUACUCAUGCUACACCGUCAGCGUUAUACGCACACUCUCCUAGCAGAUAUUGGGAAGAUGACGGAAAAGUGCCAAUACCUUCAAGAAAAUCGUGUAAGGACAUUGCCCGCCAAUUAGUGGAGGACGACCCAGGUCGAUUUAUAAACGUAAUACUAGGUGGUGGCAGAAGACAUUGGUUACCAAAAGUAGCACAAGAUCCAGAACAACCUACCGACGAAGGUAGACGAUUGGACGGUCGGAAUUUGAUAGACGAUUGGAUUAGAGACAAAAAGAAACGAAACAUUAAAGCAGAAUAUGUGUGGAAUAAUAGUCAGCUGGACAAAAUUGAUGCAAAAAAUGUUGAUUAUCUUUUAGGUUUGUUUGCGUAUUCGCACAUGGAGUUCGAGGUGGACCGAGACAAAGGACAAAACGGUGAUCCACCCCUGCACGAGAUGGCCGUCAAAGCGUUAUCUAUACUCCAGAAGAACAACAAAGGAUUUUUUCUGUUCGUUGAAAGUGGCCGCAUCGACCACGCGCACCAUUACAACAAUCCUUACAGGGCGUUAGAGGAAACGCUUGUCUUAGAGUCCACGCUGGAAGCCAUUUUGUCUAAGGUGGACUUGUCAGAGACACUCAUCGUUGUCACAGCGGAUCAUUCCCACGUAAUGACAAUGGGAGGAUUGGCAACCCCUAGGGGCAACGACAUAUUGGGCGUGGACGUGAAGCCGUCGGACGUGGACGGUCUGCCGUACAGCACGCUGCUCUACGGUAACGGGCCCGGCCACAGAGCCGAACACCGGUUGGUGCCGAUGGUGAACGCCACCGACGCGGAGACGCACAACCGGUUGCACGGGGCCGCAGUGCCCCGACAGUGGGCCACGCACGGAGGCGAAGACGUGCCCGUGUACGCGGCCGGGCCACAGGGAAUCACGCAAGCGCUGUUCUCCGGCACAUUCGACCAGUCUUAUGUGCCGCACGCCAUCGCUUACGUGGCGUGCCUGGCCGAACAUGCCGAACGGUGUCGGCGACAGGACGCCGAAGCCGUCAACCGGAGCAACAGUGACGCCGCGUUCGCCGCCGGUAAAGCGGGCGUCCUCGGGGUCGGACCCUCGUCGCAGGGCUGCUCGGUGGACACGAACGCCGUGACCAGGACGGCGGCGACGGGUGGUGCCAAGAGCGGAGCGGCCAUCGUACUGGCCAGCAGCGUGCUGUCCGACAACGGGUCGUCCAAGCAGACCAACAACACGAACCCGCUGCUGAACCUUGGUUACGCACUGAUCGCCGCUGCAGCCAUGCUCGUAGUAGCGGUCACGUAAAUCUCGAGAAGCGGCGGUGUGCUCGGCCCUCGGUCUCGGUGACUUCUCACUCGUAAUACUUAUAUGCAUAUAUAUAUAUAUGUAUAUUAUAUAUGUAUAUUAUAUACGUAUACAAUAAUACUAUAUUAUAUCGUUAUUAUUUUUUUAUUAUUUUCAUCAUAAAAAAUGGCAUGAACGAUGACGUCGUCAUAUUCGGUGACGUGUGUAUAAAUAAUCGAUGGUUUUGUAUUAUUUUUUUUUCUGUUAUCGGAGACACUAGUGAUUGUGUGUGUGUGUAUGUAUAUGUGUGUGUGUGUUUGUGUUUGUGUGUUUGUGGGUGGGUGGUGGUAGAGGGGUGAGUAAACGCAGGCCGAAGGGCGGGGAAUGGGAACGACAGGAGCAGCGUAGGCACCUAAAUAAUAAUAUAUAAAUCGCUGUUUUGAGAUAACAUCCUGCAUACGCGGUAUGCGCUAAGACACACACGUGCUUGCGUGGUAUUUAAAUUACAUACCUCCGGUACACGCGCUGAGAGUAUAAUAAUGUACGUUUUAUAAAGUAAUGUGUGUACGUAAUAAUAUUUUCUUUCAAUCGGUUUUUUUUUCAUGCGUAGGCACCACCACCGGUGCGAUUAAAAUGUAAAUCUCAUAAUGACAAAGGGUUCUGAAUAUUUGAAAUAAUAAAUAAAUGUAAUAUUUGUACAUUACACAUUAUAUAUAAUAGGUAUAUACAUAGAAAGUUAUACCACGCAAGGAAAAGUGUUUAAUUUUCGAAAAAGGUGUUCCAACUCUCACGAUAGAUAUUUAUGUGCAUAUUGUACACUUAGAUAAUAUUAUGUUUGUAAUCAAGUUACCACAUGACAAGUCAUAGAUACGCGUACAUAGGAAAACAAUAUUAUAUUAUAAAAACCCCGACGAAGAGCAAUUCCAACAAAUUUUAUCCUCAAAAAUUGUACCAUAUGGCACCUGCUGACUUCGGUGCCAACUACACAUAACGAACGCACAAAAUAAGAACAACGUUUUUCGAUUCAUGAACAGGGGUCAAACGUUUAAAUUCACUGCGAAGUGAUGAACCCCGGCAACGCAAUUAACCGACAUUACCAGACAAAUUCGAAAACAAAUGGCAACAUUUUAAUGCCUUAUUUCACUAGCCUCCUUACAGCUUACAAAAUGAUACCUAACUAACACUUGUAUAAAUCUUGAUUUUGAUUUUAGUCGAUUGUUUAAUGCGGAUCACAAUCGGUUUAUUUUAUCAAAAAACACACAAGAAUCAUCGAAUCACAACGUUUCUAAAAAUGUCAAGAUCGAGACUCAAUUUUAUCAUGAUUUGUAGUUUUCUGACUUUGCGCCAUGGAACAAAAAAAAAGUUAUUACUUCUCUUAUUCUUGAAAUCGUAUUGAUAAAAUAUGAAUUCCCGCACAACGGGCAUUUUAUAUUCGAUGCUUUGUUGACGACAAUAAUUCACGUAAUUCAUUAAGAACAGCAGAUGUUUUGAUUCGUCAUUUUUUGCACUUUUUGCAUUUUUAUUGGUAUUUUUUAUCAUAAAAUAAAAUAUCGAAUCUCCAAUAAAUCUGUUUUUGAAUUGUUAACAAAUUUUAAUCGAUUGCAAAUAAUUUUCUGUAUAAGCUAUUUGAAUGUACAUGGUGCUCAAAUAUUUAUGCUAAAAAUUAUGUUACACUUGAAAUAUCAAACAGAAAUUCAACAAACAAUCUAGCCUAUUAUAUUAUUUAAAACCUAAAAUGAAUUGAAAACUAGUAAUUUGACAUUUUUCAUCAUUGUCAACUGUUACCUAAAUUUAUUUUUUAGUUACGACAUAUACAAAUUAAGUGUAUUUAGGUAUGGCUUUUUAUGUGUAAUCCGAUUGGUUAAAAACAAAUUAUUUAGUAAAAAAAAAACGUUAAAUAAUCAGUUCCAUAGAAGACGAACUAAAUUUAAUGUAUAAAUUAUAAAUAGUCUUAAUCUUAAACGUGUUUAACAGAAGCUUAAUGAUAUACGAAAUUGCCCACACUUGGAUAAGCCCCGAAGGAAUUAAAGUUGACGCCCCUCCCCCACUUUUAAUCGACGUGAAUUACUAGUCAUAUCCGUUCGUACAUAAUAUUAUACAACCCAUUAAUCCAAAUUAUCGUUAAAUAGUAAAAAAGGACCAUUGAAUUGCAUUAAUUUAAUAUAAUAUGCCUAAAGUCUUCAAGUAAGUAUCAAAAUUAUUACAAUCCAAAUAUUUCACUGGGGAGGCGUACAUUUCUUAUGACCAUAGCUGUUUGAAUAAAAUCAUAUUUGAGAUGCUCGGCUGGGUUAUAACUUAUAACUCAAAUAGUUUUGUAAAAUUAAUUGAGUAUGAAUUUAAUUCUAUCACAAGACAAGAACAGAGCAUAAUAUAAAUAAAUAAAAAAAUUUUCUGAAAUUUACUUGACAUUCAACAGAUACAUUAACUUUUUUUAGAUAUCAAAGUCAUAAGAUCACUUUAAAACCAAAUACGAGAGUGUUUAAUAAACGUAGGUACAUCAUAUAAUAUGACAUGAGAAUCCAGAACUACGAUUUUCAAGGUCACGUCACAGCUGAUCUAUAACAGAUUUUGGUUCUCGACUAACGCGUCCCAGGUCCACUUCCGCCAGCCGAAAACUGUUUCAUCCUACGGCAUGUUUCAAAACACUUCAAGAAA